UUUUUGUUUCUAUUUGUAGCGCACCUAGCUUUCAGCCUAAUUAGCUGUAUUACGUGGUUUAUAAGACAAGAAAGCUUCUUUCCUGACUCGUUAGCGAUGGGGACACACUUCCAAGAGUGCUUCUGGGUGGGCAAUGGAUUUGAGGAGCUCAAAGGGCACAUGAGGAAAGGGACGGACUUCUGCAAGGACUUGGAAUCACUUCUGGCAGACAGGGCGGAGCUUGAGAAGGAAUAUUCAAAUGGUCUUCAUAAGAUUAUCAAGAAAGCGCGUAAAAACACGAGACACCCUCAGGGAAGUGUGGAGGAUGUGUGGGGGCGGAUAGUGUCAUCACUAGAGUACGAAGAGGAGACUCAUCGAACACUGGCCGCCUCUCUAUCACAGGAGGGGUCAAAGGUCAUGAAGGCAUUCAUAGAUACGCAGGUCAAGACCAGAGAUCCGGCUGUGAGUGCAGUGGACAAACAGUUGAAGCAGUUCAUGGACAAGCACAAGUCUCAGCUCAAGAACAAGCGCAGUGCGUACAAGAGCUGUCGAGAUUUGGAGACAAAUUGGGAGCAACUGAAAGACAUGAAAAGUGGAAAAUCUGUCAAAACAGUUGCUGAAAAAGAUAUCACCAAGAUGGAGAGAUCAUGCCGUAAGAUGGAGGAGUCCCUGGUGAAGGCUGAUCGUGAGUACAGAGACAGCAACAUCAAGACAGAAGAGUCGAGACUGGGCUGGGAGUCAGCCAUGUAUAAAUGCUGUAAUGUGCUUGAGACGCUGGAGUAUGAGCGGAUACAGCAAGUUCAGACAAUGGUUAACAAGUAUUGUGAACUAUUGCAGAGCAUAAUACGUCCCCUGGAGGAUGGCACACAGGACAUAGCCACAGCCUCUGACCAGAUAUCACCAGAGGGAGAUAUAGAAACCACCUGCACCACUGUGGGCACUGGCCCCAACCAACCAGAGCAACUGCUACUGGACUACUUCGAGGAGGAUUUGAGUAAUGGUAUGGAUGCUGAUCGUAGACGUACCUCACUGGAGAAGAAGAUCCAGCACAUGGAGGUUGAGAUUGAGAGGCAACAAAGAGCAAGAGCUGGCGUGGAGCAGCUGGCCAAGGUCUACCGAGAACAACCUGACUUCACUGAUGAGAAAGGUGCGGAGGACGUGACCAGACAACUUGUGGAGGCGGACUGUCUUCUGAACAUGCUCAAGGCCAACCAUUUCAAGCUGCUAGGAACUCAUGCCGAGAUCUCCCGUGCACCACGACCUAGCAGCCACUUCUCUGACUACAUCUCAUCAUCCACUGACAAACACAACCAGCCUGUGAGUUUUCUGAAGAUCCCUCCUGAGGAAGUAGGUGAUGUCAAGUACGAGCCUCCCAGUCUGCCGAGUGGAGGGGGUGUGGCUUACAGUGGAGGAGGUGCGGCCUAUAAUGGAGAGGACGUGGGAGAUGAGUUUGACGAUCCAAACGAAGGUGGUGGUACCCUAGAGUUCGAUGAGCAGGAUGCAGGUGGACUUGACUAUGUGGGUGAGUGUAAGGUCCUUUACGAGUAUGACGCAACACAAGAGGACGAGCUAACUGUUCGUCCUGAUGACAUCAUCAAGAUUAUAGAGAAGUUUGACACUGAGUGGUGGCAGGGAGAGGUUAACGGGCAAGUGGGGGUUUUCCCCAGCUCCUAUGUUGAAGAACUGUAACCAUAGCAACCGUGAACUGACACUAUUUUUAUUCUUUGUGAAAUGUUGUUUUUGGCGUCUUGUAUUAUAUUAUAUACAUAAUUAUUUUUGUUAAAGCUGUGAUUUAUACAAAGCUUAGCUUCUUGUAGCUCUCUAGCAUGUUAUGAGCAUCUUCCGUGUGCUUUAAUAUUAUUCUUAUCAUUGUUUCAAACAUGAUGUGUGGAAUAUACAUGAUUGACAUCAUUA